ACAAUUGGACUAAAAUAAUCUGCCGUCACCGCGCUACCUAAGGUUCGUCUCGUCCCGCUUAAGAAAUGAUCAGCGCCUUCUUGAGCAAAGCACCCACGGUCUCCGACGGUUGCGCACCCUUGGCGAUCCAAUCCUUGAUCGCCGGCGCAUCCAAAGAGGAUUGCUUGCGGAUCGGAUCGUACCACCCCAACUGUUGGAUUGGCAAACCGUCGCGGCGCGCGCGCGAGUCGAUGGCGAUGAUGCGAUAAAACGGUUCCUUCUUGCGACCCAUGCGAGUGAAUCGAAUCGCAACUCUGUUCUCCACGCGCAGCGCCGCGCGAGCGCCCGUGAUGGUUCUCUUUUCAACCUAUCGUCGCGCGCAUCCACCGUCCGUCGUCAGUCGUCGCGUUCGCGUCCUCGUCGUCCGCCGUCGCCGCGACCCCACCCAUCGUCGACGGCGUCGCGCGAUUCGGUCGUCCCGCGUCCCGCCGUCGCGCUUCGCGCGCCGCCGCGUCGUCGUCGUCGUCUCGACGAUUCAAUUUUACGCGACGCUCGCGCACCUUGCUCUGCACGCGCGCGCCGCCGACGAGGGCGGCGCUGAACGUGAACGUGCUCGCGCUCAUGACGGACGCGGUGUGCCGCGACGACGCGCGCGGGGGCGCUCGACGCGCGACGGGCUGUUGGUGGCGUGCGAUCGCAUCGCGCCCGAUGCGCGUCCGUCAUGGGAUCUCUCGCGCGCGGAAUACGCGAUCCCGACGCCUGCGCUCAAAAAAUGCGAAAACGAGACGUCACACGGACCGCGAACCCUCGCGCUCGAGGUCGCGCGAUCGCGCUCGACGCGGCCUCUUUCGUCGACGCGCGCGCGACUCACGAUGAUCAACGCCGACGGUGAAAAUGUGGACCUGUACAUCCCGAGAAAGUGCUCGUGGACGAACCGCCUGAUCACGGCGAAGGAUAAGGCGUCGGUGCAGCUGAACGUCGGGCAUCUCGACGCGAACGGGGUGUACGACGGACGGUACACGACGGUCGCGCUCGCGGGUUACGUGCGAAGCAAGGGCGAAUCCGACUCCGCCAUCGACUUGCUCUGGCAAAAGAAGAAGGCGGCCAUCAACCAAGCGUAA